UGCGCACAAUGGUGCACGUGACAUUUUCAGCAAAAUGCUACGUCUGUAGAGUUGAAGAUAAAACAAAUACAAACUUUCAUCGGAAUAAUGCACGUUCCACAGAGCGUGUAGAAUCGCUAAAAAGAAAGAAAGUUAUACACAUCUGGGAUGGCAUGAAGUAAUGCUGUAGAAACUGUCAUCCACUAUCAUGCUGAGUCGCCUUCAGGAGCUCAAGAAGGAAGAGGAGACUCUUCUGAAAAUAAAAAUCAUGCUUCAAGAUCAGCUGAAUAGGCUUAAGUUUGAAGAGGGGACCCUGAAGUCAAUGAUCAAUGCUCAGUCUGAAGAGAGCCCGAAUGAAGUCCCUGUCCCUGAGGUGGAAAUCAACCUUGAUGACGAGAGUGAGAUCAACCAGACCAAACUAGCAUUGGGUGCUCCAAAAGACUACGACAUGGAAGAGGAAGAGGAUGAGGAAGAUGAUGAUGAUGCAGACGAUGACCUCGAAAUGGUGCCAGAUGAUGAAGAGGAAGACGAUGACUGCUGACUGUACCUGGAAAAAGAGAACAUUGCAAUGUGCACAUAUGGCAUGCUGAAAGAUGUUUGCGCAAAGGGACUAUAACUUUCACUCUCUAUGUCUUAGAUUGGUGUUGCUUUAGAUAAACCGUUGGUUCACCCAUCUAUUGAAUCAUCCCAAAAAAAAAAAAAAAAAAUAUUACAAA